UUAACAUUUAGCAAUAUGCAGCUGAAACAGACACUGGUGACUAUCAACAGAGCAGAGACAAAUGUAAACCUGGAGGAUGCCCGGACCUCAUCUCAUGCUCCUGAUGACCAUAUAAAGCUCGACUUGUCUUGACCUAUCACAAACACAGUAGACUUGCCAGAAACGCAUUCACACACAUACAUAGUCACUUGCAGGCACGUAGUCACACUCGCUCCCUAAAGUGGUCACACACACCGUGUGAGUUUAAUUGCUUGCCUCUGGAGAAAAGACACAACACCACAUUGUUUCAGCAUGUGCUCCUCUCCUUCCCCCUUCUCCUGGCUGUUACGGGUGUUUUGUCCACACAGGAAACAUUAACCUCUUCCUGCAUUAGCUGGUCACUCUUACAAACCUCUCUCUGACUCUUUUUUUACCCCAUGAGGUCAGCUGUUAGUCAUCGGCGUCAGGGGCUGAGGGGUGGACUGUCAGUCCAUGGGCUCCUUCUGAAGAAAUCCUGGAGAAAUGUUUUAGAUGAGAAAUUGGUGAUGAUGGUGUUUGAAGGUUGGUUUUAGUAGCCAUAAAGUUUUUGUUGUUGUUGUUGUUGUUGUCCUGGUCUGGCACAUCCACAUGGCCUUACAGGAGAGUGGAGGAGAGGACCCUGCCCCCACAGCACAUUAUAAACUCCUACCUAACAAGAACAAUCUGUGUGCAGGCCGGAGAGCUCAGACACUCUUGGGAAAACUGAAGGGGGAGGAGAACAGAGGAGAGGCAGAAGGAGGGAUUUGUCCUCAUGGUUAACGACAUUUUUUUCAAUAUCCAACCUCCUGCCUGAAAUCUGAAACUGCAGAAGUGGCGUGGCUCACCAAGCACUUUGCUGGGCUCUCUCUCUCUCUGUUCCCUUUUUUCCAGACUGGUCUCACUCAUCCUCCAUCAGAGGUGAUUCCAACAGAGACACUUCUUCUCCUACAGUGGAUGAUCCUGAGGGGAUACGAUGCUCCCGAUGGCCCUUCAUCAGAUUGGUCUGUGUGUGAUGUUUUGCAUCAGCAGCAGUUUGGCCACACCUCUACCUUUUUCCAGUUUGAUGGAGGGAAGUACAGAUGAGGAAGACCUCAGUUAUUUAACUUCCUCCCUGCCCACCAGCUACUUUUUCUCUGAGAGCCAAACCACAGCUGGUGGACCCACCCGUGUGGAAACUGACUUUUUGAGUCAGGUUGUGAACUUUCUGGAGGAGAACAUGCUCCUCAUCCUUGUUACAGCCAUCUUCAUCCUUCUUGUGUUUCUUAUUAUCUGUGGGGCAAUUUUCAUGAGCCGGAGGCGAAAGGUCAAUGCCUACUACCCAUCCUCCUUCCCCACAAAAAUGUAUGUGGACCACAGAGACAAAACCGGAGGUGCUAAACCCUUUAAUGAAGUGCCAGAAAAACCAGCUCCCGAGCAGGAAACUGAGCCACUGGACUCACACAAGCAGCUCCAGGCCGACAUCAUGAGGGCUGCCAAGAGCCUGCGCACGCCAAAUAAAUGUGUUGAUGCUGCAGAGGGAAGUGACCACAGUCAGAAAGAAGUAGACCACAGUCCCGAGGACAACUCUAAACCAGAUGGCAGCAUUUUGGAUCAGCAGCUUCCGAGUCUCCCUGAGGAAAAGGAGCCAUGCGAGCUCUCUGACAGUGAAGGGGCCACAGCAGGAGGCAGCCCAGAGCCGAGUCCUCCAGAGCAGCCUCAUCCAGUGGAAGAUGACUCACAGGAGCCUUUGAUUGGCAGGAGUCUGCGACCCUCUUCUCUGCAUAUUCACAAUGACUCUGCUACACUUCAGCUGAUUGCAGGAGAGAAAACAGCCUUCUAACUACUCCGAACACUUUGGACCAAGUAUACUCUCCACUUUGGAUCCACCAGUUGCAGUUUGUCCAGAAAACUUCAAAAGUUUCCACAGAUUUGCAGAGUGAAAGGUCAAAAAGUCCCAUCACUCGGUGUUUUAUGUUUUUGUUCAGUGCAGGAAAGAUACAUGCAGCAGAACUUUCCUCUCGUUGGAUUUUAUAAACAUGUCUCAUGAAGUAAUGUCUUUAAUGUCUGGCUUAAAAAGAAUUCCUUUUAUGGAGUUGUUUUGUUGUUGUCAUUUGGUUAAUUCCUUAGUGGUAUGGUCCCAGUUACCACGUAUUUCUGUACAAAAACACGGAGUAUUGACUAACUUUAUACAGAUCAGUAUGGUUUAAGAUGUAAACACUUUUUAAUGUUUUUAUUUAAGUACAAUUAAAUGCAUAGAUUAUCAGUAAACCUCAGGUAUAGACCUGUUUAAUUACAGACCCCACCUUGACAUGUUAUAGCAGGAAAAGCAGAGUUCAUAACAUAUCCAUUUAAUUUAGGUGAACUAGUUCUACAAGCACUAUACUGUGCAUUGUCCAUCAUUA